AUGGACUUGCAGCAGUCCACCUUUUGUGCCACUAUAGAACGGGAUGGUCAAGAGCCUCAGAGCGCCUGUCGGGGUCUCGGAAGUGGCCCUAACGGUUCACCCAGCGGUUUCAGAUCUGCUGUUGCUGUUGCUGAGGAGGUAGAGACUUCUACUACGUCUGCUGCUACGUCUGCUGAAGAGACUUGCACUACGUUUGCUGAUGAGACUUCAACUACGUUUGCUGAUGAAACCUCGACUACGUUUGCUGAGGAGACCUCGACCACGUUUGUUGAGGAGACCUCCACUACGUCCGCUGAAGAGUCCGCUGAUACCUCCGCUGAAACCUCUGCCGAGUCUACUGCAGACACUUCCGCCACAUGA